UAAAAAUAGCCGGCUGAAUUCUGCAUUAUGUGCGUGGACGGAGCAUAAUCCAACUCACAUACAUACAUACAUAUAUAUUUAUGUAUAUAUGCACCAAUCUCUAAUCCUCCGAUUUAUGUAUAUUCAUCGUUGCACACAGAGUUUCUCGGAUUGCCCAAUUAUUCAACGUGCCCUAGAUCCACACACCCAAUACUGUAUACGUAUAUAUACAUACUAACAUACAUACUUACAUACAUCUCAACUCCUCCGAUCUUAUUUUCCGAGUUCCUCUUCAACUCAGUGGAAUUGGAGUGGAGAUGAAGAGGUUCAUUUAUUGCGGUUGCGGGGGAUUCGUUGCUUGAGUUUGCCCGUGCUUAUAAAUCCAUCCUUUUUCUAUGAUUGUUUGAUACCUGAGGAGCUUUGCGCGCGCGUGUCGGUGGGGAGUGGGAUUGCAUUGCUAAAUUUUUAAUGUUUCGGGAUUCUGGAUUUUGACUCAGAAUUAGCUUCAAUUUGAUAUCGAAUCCAUUGCUCUGCUGCCUGCUUUAGGCAGAUAGGCCAAGGUUACUCCUGCUAAUUUUGCACUUUGAGGGGAGAGGUGAAGGAAUACACAAGCUAUCUAUAGGAGUGGACCUGUGAUGCAUAAUUUCUAGAUGAAGUCGGCUCAGGCAUGGCGGCUAGGCAUGAAAGACAUGCAAAUAAUGCCUGUGCCUCGCCAGCGUGGUCCACUAAGAAAGCCAACAUGGAUUAUUGUGUUGGUGUCAUUAGUUAGCUUGUUCCUGGUCUGUGCAUAUGUCUAUCCACCUCAAAAUUCAGCAGCAUGCUAUGUUUUCUCAUCUCGUGGUUGUAAGGGAAUGCCUAAUUGGCUUCCACCUUCUCCUAUUAGAGAACUGACUGAUGAAGAAAUAGCCGCCCGUGUUGUAAUUAGAGAUAUUUUGAAUAUGCCUACUGCUAUACAAACAACUCCAAAAAUUGCUUUCCUAUAUCUCACACCAGGUGCAUUGCCAUUCGAGAAGCUGUGGGAUAAAUUCUUCCAGGGUCAUGAAGGUAGAUUCUCUGUUUACGUCCAUGCGUCCAAGGAUAAACCUGUGCAUUUUAGCCGUUACUUUAUCAACCGGGAAAUUCGUAGCAGCUCGGUAGGAUGGGGAAAAAUUUCAAUGGUUGAUGCAGAAAGGAGGCUUUUAGGACAUGCACUGAAAGAUCCUGGGAACCAACAUUUUGUACUGCUUUCUGACAGCUGCAUACCACUUCGUGAUUUUGAUUUUGUGUACAACUAUCUCAUGUACACAAAUGUGAGCUUUGUGGAUAGCUUUGAGGAUCCUGGCCCACAUGGAAGUGGUAGAUACAGUGAAAAUAUGUUACCUGAAGUUGAGAAGAGAGACUUCCGUAAGGGUGCUCAGUGGUUCACAAUGAAGCGGCAACAUGCUGUUAUAGUCAUGGCCGAUAAUCUGUACUAUUCGAAGUUCAGAGACUAUUGCAGGCCGGGCAUGGAAAAGGGACGCAACUGCUACUCUGAUGAGCACUAUUUGCCCACCUUUUUCUAUAUGUUUGAUCCAGUUGGGGUAGCCAACUGGUCAGUAACACACGUUGACUGGUCCGAAGGGAAGUGGCAUCCGAAGUCAUACAGGGCACUGGAUGUGACAUAUGAGCUGAUGAGAAAUAUCACAUCCAUUUCAGACAGUGUGCACGUUACGAGUGAAGAAAGGAAGCAAGUCCAGAUUACACCGUGUCUGUGGAAUGGGAAUCCACGUCCGUGCUAUUUGUUUGCACGGAAAUUUUUGCCUGAAACCCUUGACAACUUAAUCCAACUCUUCCCCAAUUAUACGUCAAUUUGAGUGAGAGAGGACUUAAAUACUGAUUCUUUGUGGAUUAGAGCGCAUCACACCCUUUGUCUCCGCCUCAGUUUUAACUUUCUGCUCCGGGGUAAAGAAGCAUUGGCUUCUUUCAGAUAGCAUGCAAAGGUAAAGGUGGCAGAAAGUGGUGGGAAGGUCAUCGGAAAGUAGCUGAAGGUGAAGACAUGGGCAGUGUUGGGGACACAACUCUUUGAUGUUGUUUAAUUCUUCCCUCAAUUUAGGAUAUAUGAUUACAUUGAAAACAGUGGGGACUCUCUAAAGCUGACCUUUUGUACAAGUAGGAUUAUCAAGUUGAAAAUAUGGCAUUCGCAGUGGCAGAUACAGAUACAGAUACUCUCUCUCUCUCAUAAUUGUUUUAGGGAGUAUUAAAAUUGUCAGGUUUCUUCCUCUCCUACGUAGGAUGAAUACACCAACUUAUUACACA